AUGAAGUUUUCUCUCAUCGCACUUGGUCUUUUGACCGCGGCUACCAAUGCUCUUCCUACUGCGACCUCAAAUGAAGAUGUCGCUGCUCCAGUGAAUCUCGCCAAGCGUGCAUCUAUCACUGAUGCCGCGAACGGCUAUGCCAGUCUGAAUGGAGGCACCACCGGCGGUAAAGGAGGAACUACAACCACUGUCUCCACUUACGCUCAGUUCACAGCUGCAGUGUCCAGCGACAGCGCCAAGAUAGUCAUUGUGUCAGGGACUAUCUCACAGAGCGCUUCUCAGGUCAAGGUUGGAAGCAAUACUAGCAUCAUCGGGAAGAACUCUGGUGCAAAAUUGAUUGGUUUCGGCUUGAUUGUCAAGAGCAAGAAGAACGUCAUUAUCAGGAACUUGACAAUCCAGAAAGUUCUCGCUGACAAUGGAGAUGCUAUUGGCGUUCAACUCUCCACCAACGUCUGGAUUGAUCAUUGCGAUGUCUCCUCGGAUCGUGACCAUGACAAGGACUACUAUGAUGGUCUGAUCGACCUCACCCACGCUGCUGACUACGUGACCGUUUCCAACUCAUACAUCCACGAUCACUGGAAGGCAUCAUUGGUCGGACACUCCGACUCCAACAAAGCCGAAGAUACCGGCCACUUGCGCGUGACCUACAACAACAACUACUGGUCCAACAUCAACUCCCGCACACCAUCCAUCCGCUUCGGCACUGGCCACAUCUACAACUCCUACUUCCUCAACUGCGCCGACGGCAUCAACACCCGCUUGGGAGCCCAAGUCCUCGUCCAAUCCAACGUCUGGGCUGGCACCGUCUCCAAGCCUUUGUAUAGCACUGAUGAUGGGUAUGCUGUUGAAAGCGGCAAUGACUUUGGAGGAAAGAGCAACACUGCUCUUGCUGGUACGUUGAAGAGUGUGCCGUAUAGCUACUCGCUUCUUAGGAGUGGGAGUGUUAAGUCUGCUGUUGUUGGAUCUGCUGGUGCCACUUUGUCGUUUUAA